AGGACUGGACCUGGAGGGCCCCUGUGGAAGAGGGCGACGCCAGGGGACUCAGAUUGCUAGUGGCUGCAGCCUGCUUAAGGCAACACAAAUCCUCUCCCGCCUUUCUGGAAAAUGAUGGAAAAUGAAGUGUUUGCAUCGUUUACUUUCUACAGCACGAUCUUGAUUAUAAAAAUGUAUGUUCUGGCCAUCAUUACAGGACAAGUGCGGCUCAGAAAGAAGGCUUUCGCCAAUCCAGAGGACGCCCUGAGGAACGGAGGGCUGCAGUACUAUCGAGAGGACCCAGAUGUGGAGCGAUGCCGCAGGGCCCAUCGCAAUGACAUGGAGAACAUUUUCCCCUUCCUCUUCCUUGGGGCCAUCUACUCCCUGCUGGACCCCAAUCCCACCGUGGCAAGGAUCCACUUCCUGAUCUUCUGCGUGGGGCGGAUAGUUCACACCGUGGCAUACCUCCUGCAGCUGAAAGCUCCCACACGCUCGGUGGCCUACAGCGUGGCACAGCUGCCCUGCUUCUCCAUGGCGCUGCAGAUUCUCUUCACGGUCAUCACACACUGGUAACGUUAAAGAUAACCCGCCGCCGCUGGUGCUGCAACGUGGAUUAGAAAGACCCGCCUUUGCUGCUUUCCCAAGAGAAGGACUCAUUCUGCUGUGGCUUCAGAGUCGGCAUCUCCCAGCUGGGUGGAGCUCAGGGCUCUGGGAAAUCCCCUCUGGGUGUGUGCAAGGCCCUGUUUCCAGGAGCAGGCUGCAGAGGUGGAAGGAUGUGCUCCUUGCAGCUGGGUGCUCGUGCAUUAAGCGCUCAGUAAUGCCACAGCAUUAGUACCACAGCAGUAGCAUUGUGGUGUCUUCCAGUCUUCUCGCUGGUGACCUGGGGGGAGGGAAUGAUGCCACGUUAAGAGCACAACUAAACCAGGAAGUGGUGAAGACUCUCUAAGCAGCCUGGCCCCAUCGCUCUGAGGAGAGAAAAGCGGGAGACCCUUGGUCCCCCUAACUCACUUUGAUGGGAGUGUGUACGGUGACCAGAGAGGAUGUCCCAUCUCCUCUCUUCAGCAAGAAUACCUGGCGAUGUAGCGAAAAAGCUAAAGUAGGAACACACUGAGUCUUUGUAUAAAACAAACCACUGCCCCCAAAAUCUCAUUUUUACUCUUUGAUUAGAGAGUCCUGACUCUUCUUUUGUUCGUUUGUUGUUGGUUUUUAACCUCCUACACAGGAAGGAAACAAGUUGGUGGUGCAGCAUCUGAUACUGCCGGGCACAUCUCUGCUGGGAAACAGAACCCAAAGAGUUAAAUCUUUCAGAGGGUGGCAGGAAAAACACAGAGGGAAACAGAACUAGUGCAGGUCCCCUUCCAAACCCAAAUUACAUCAUCAGUCCAAAGAGGCAGCUCCCCUCUGGGCCCCGGAGGUCAAGAUUUCACUUGACUGUCAACUCCAGAGCAGACAGCUCCAUUUGCUUAUGGAGUGAGAAGCGGGAGUUGGCUCCAGGCACAUCAGGCCAUCUCCAGACUCCAUCUUGGAAAGAGCAUUGAGCUCAAAAGAAGGUCGGGGUGCUCAGCACAGAUCUGGGCCUUUUCCAUUUCCUACAGGUACCUACAGGGGCGGCCCUAUGUUUUUUGCCGCCCCAAGCAUGGCAGUCAGGUGGCCUUCGGCAGCGUGCCUAUGGGCGGUCCGCAGUCACGCGGCUUCAGCGGCGUUUCUGCAGGUGAUCUGCCGGUCCCACGGCUUCGACGUAUCUGCUGCCAUAUUGCCGCCGAAACUGCGGGACCACCGGACCUCCCCCAGGCACGCCACUGAAGGCUGCCUGACUGCCGCCCUCACAGCGACCGGCAGGCCACCCCCCAUGGCUUGCCACCCCCCACGGCUUGCCGCCCCAGGCGCGCGCUUGCUGCGCAGGUACCUGGAGCAUCCCCUGGGUACCUAGAUGUUCUGUCAUUUCUACAUAGCUUCAUAUGAGAUGUAGUGCUGAAUGGAAAAACCACAAACCUAUGUAUGUUACACUGUUCCCCUCUUUUGCUUCCUUGGAGUUAUGAAGUAUAUAUUCAUAGUAAAAUGAAUACUAUGUAUUCCUCUUCUCUACCAUUCCUUAUGCCUCUGUGUAUACAUCUGUGAGCCAGGCAGAAUACCACCUCAUGCCUCUGUUUGGAGGCAAAGUCCUUUGACGUGCUUGGAUAAAAAGGGCUAUUAAAGCAUAUAACACAUGGAGGCAGAAGCAGUGCUUGUCUGGGUGAUCUCUUGGCCCCUCCUAACUUCUCCCUGGUACAAGGUUGCCUUCUUAAAGGAGCGCUCUUCCCACCAUGCCUUGCUGGAGCUGUCCCUUUAAAUUUGGCAGAGCCAUGGCACUGCAGCCCUAAAGCAGCCAUGUUUGGUGAGUGGCUGCAUCUCCUGCCUUCCUUCCUGGCUGGUGAGUCUCUCUCCUGUUCAGUUUUCUCUUGCUCGUGAGGAUGGGCCAUUCUCGCCAAGUGCAUGAUGAUGUUACCCUAGGAAAUAAUGUUAGUCCUCUUCCCGCUCACCUCCUAUGACAACCAAGGAGUUAAUUACAUGGCCAGGAAGGGCAAAUUGGAGCAGGAGCUGGAACCCUGGUAGGCCAGAGAAGUUCAGGUAGGGGAUGAUUGCUCUCCCUUGCUGCAUUGGGAGCUUGGGGUGGGGGUGGCAACAGACCUCCUUGAUUCAGUCUGAAUUUUGUGGUUAGGAGUUUUCCCUCCUUGUAAGUGAAGAUGAGCUAAAGUAUUUAUUCCACCCCCUUUUUUUUAGAAAGAGGGGGAGCUGGUGCGGUUCUAAAUCAUUCUGGGUUUUGCCCUAUUUCAGGGCCCAUUUAUCUGACUCCUGUUCUCUUCAACCCUGCCUCUGCCUUCAAAGUGUGUGUGUGUGUGAGGGGAAGAGCUGGGUAAAAUGGGACCUUGACCUGACCCAUUGUUGCUGUUUGGGGGGGGGGGG